AAGAUCCGGGAGGCAUGCAGGGUGGCACGCGAGGCCGGGUACGAUUACCUCUGGAUUGACUCGUGUUGCAUCGACAAGUCGAGCAGCUCCGAGCUUUCCGAGUCGAUCAAUUCGAUGUAUCAAUGGUAUGGCCGUUCCGUAGAGUGCUACGCGUACCUCGUCGACGUCCCUCCUGGCGAAGACCCUCGCUCACCGGAGUCUAAAUUUCGUUCGAGCCGAUGGUUCAGACGCGGAUGGACGCUCCAGGAGCUCAUUGCACCCUCUGAAGUGAAGUUCCUCUCGAACGAUUGGAACAUUAUUGGGACCAAACUCACCCUCGUCGACAUUGUUGAUGAGACCACGACGAUUCCUUGGGAGGCUCUACUCAGACUAGAGCCACUCGAUGUGUUCAGCGUGGCGGAACGGCUCUCGUGGGCAGCGCGACGAGAAACAACACGAGUGGAAGACCGGGCGUACUCGCUUUUCGGAAUAUUUGACAUUAAUAUGCCGACGCUCUAUGGUGAGGGCGAGCGCGCCUUCCGCCGGUUGCAAGAGGAGAUCCUGCGGCGUAUCCCGGACCAGAGCCUUUUUGCGUGG